GUGGGCCGGACCCCGGGCGGGGGCUGGGCUGGGGCUGGGGCGGGCAUGGGGGGCUGCCUCUCCUCGCAGGCGGCGGAUGACCUGUCGCUGCUCAACGACUCCACGGGCGACGGGGCCAGCCUGGGGCCCGGGGACCCUCCGCCGAUGGCCCCGCCGCCCUUCCCUGCCCCGCCGCCCCCCUACCAGGAACAUGCACCUAUCCCUGUGUAUCACCCAACACCCAGCCAGACGCGUCUUGCUACCCAGCUAACUGAAGAGGAGCAGAUCCGUAUCGCUCAGAGGAUUGGGCUAAUUCAACAUCUUCCCAAAGGGAUCUUUGAUCCGGGCUCAGAGCCAUCAGAAAAGAAAAUCAAAGAGUGUGUGAUCUGCAUGUUGGAUUUUGUAUAUGGCGACCCCAUCCGGUUCCUGCCCUGCCUGCACAUCUACCACGUACAUUGCAUUGACGACUGGCUGAUGCGAUCCUUCACGUGUCCCUCCUGCAUGGAGCCAGUUGACGCUGCUCUGCUGUCCUCCUAUGAAACUAACUGAGGUGGCUGCGUGCCCUGCUCAUGUUAAUGCUUCCAGGCUGUGGCUGUGGGGGAGGCUGGGAGGCGGCACACUAUUAUUUGCACAUUCUGGGAUACACCAAAGAAUCCUACGGCAAAGAAUCUGCUCCCAGGCCCAAGGACAACACGCAGCCAUUCGGGUUCAGCUGGCUGUGAUAAAGGCUGACGUAUCAUAUUUGCGCUUUGUAUGAGGAGGGUGAGUGGGGUGAAGGCUGGAGUUGUCCUUCUAUUCCACCCAUCAUUUUUGGAUUUUUAAGAUUGUUCUUUGAAGCUGUUCCCCUGCCCCACUUUUCUAAAUCUCCAUGGAAUCUGCAAGUACGUUUUUCCUAGGGAGCUGCAUGGGAUUUUUCACUUUCCCACCCCCCAUACCUGGUGAGGACAAAUGAAAUCUCGCUGGAAACAUCUAAAGGGGGUUGUGGCAGAAUGGGGUGAGGUAUUAUAGUUGGCAGAGUUUUUUGAAAGCAUUCUCCUUUUCAUCCCACCAAGAUUAGUGCUUCAUUGAAAUCAGGCAGUUGGUUUGUUAGAUCCUGUUCACUCUGGGGAUUCUUUCAGGAGCAGCCAUGUUGAAGUGGAAAAAACUAGCUCCUCUCCUCCUUUGUGGGGCAGCAUGAAACAGGGAUAUGAUUGGGGCAAGAAGCUGAUUUGAUCCUGUUGUUUUGGAGGCAGAGUGCUUCUGUUUAGAGGUUGGCAUUUCAGCUAAGAGUGAAGGAUACACUCUUCCUUUGCUCUAUUCUGCUUUUAAUUAUUUUUUCUCAAUUAGAGGGGGAAUUUUUAUCCAUUCUGAGGAAGUGCAGCUUGGCACUUCUGAAGAUGUUAUGGCACAAGCAGAUUCCCUGCUCAUGUACUGAAGUUUAUACCAAUCCACAGCAUCAGUAUGUUAUAUCUGGUCACAUGAAUGAGAUUUAGAGGGAACAGAGUACUUUCCCACUCUCAAUUCUGAUAUAAUUGCAGUUAACUCAAUUUUGGGGGAAGUUUCUCACAAACAUUUUCUACCUCUUGGUAACACUCUUCACAACCACGGUAUUGAUACUUCUAAAACCAUUUCUUGGCAUGCUUGUAAGGUGAGAGGUGGACAAGCGAAUUGUAAAUAACAUUUUUUUAUAGAAAGUUGUUUCUUCAGUACAAUGAAACCCCCUUCUAUAAGACUGACUAUGGCUAAAGGCAUAUGAUUACACUUUUUCAAAAGGUGAAGGAAUUCUUAUUUGUUACCCACCAUUUACUCUGUUCGCCUUACACAAAUUGAAGUGAAGACUCUUGUCCCAUAGGAAACUGCUAGUGCAGUGUACUAGUUAGUGCCAUGCGGCUGGCCCACUCUUUGGGAUGGCUUCUCUUAGUCAUGCUCUGUUUAUUGCCUUGCAAGUGGAGAGGCGUGGAAGUGCUUUUCUGAUUAUGUAUUGUCCUUAACAACGAUCUAGCACUUGAAAACAAAACUGAUGGAAUACAAAUGGAAAUAAAACAGAUUGCUUACAA